AUGGUAAACGACGAAAGAAUCGUCUUCCCAGGUCCCCCGUUCCGCGUGGACUUGGCAGCCAUUGACGCGAUACACCCUAUCCACUACAGCCGACGUCUGCUUAUCUUUCGUUGUGCGUCUCCUGCUCAGCCUGAUGCACAGCUCAGCGCCUUGAAGACUGCUUUGAGGGAACUUGUGCAACGAUGCCCGCUGCUAGGUGGUAUUGUCGCUCCCUUGACACUCGAGGAGGGCGAAGACGUGGACCCGAACUGGCGUACCAUCCUUCCUGGUGAUGGCAUGGAGCUCAUCGUGAAGGACCUCCGGCACGCUCUGCCCUCAUUUGGGGAGCUUGAGACAGAAGGCUUCCCAGUCGACAAGCUCCCUUAUAAUCUUCUUGUGCCCGUCCCUCAAGACAUCGGGAACGAUCGACUCUUCGCCGCGUGCAAAUUGCAGUUCACGGUCAUUGAAGGCGGUUCGAUAUUGACAUGGGCGAUGUCACAUUCUGUCGCAGAUGGCAGUGGGAACAAUGAGCUGAUGCGCAUUCUGGCAGAAGAGACGCAUCUCACUCAGAACCACUCCGACGAAGACACCUCCACAAAAGCUGCGCCGGCGUCCCCCGCCGGCCUCGAUCGGAGCGUAAUGCGCAACAUCACAAGCGACGUUCCCUUCCGGAUAGAAGACCACCCCGGGUACAUAGCUAGUGCACCAAUCCAACCUCCAUUCCAUCCCUUCGCGGCUGGUUCGGCUGAGGUAUCGGUGUUACUACACCUUCCGGCAUCUCGCGUUGCACAACUCAAAGCCGACGCUCAACAGCCUCGAGCGACCCCGAUAUCGACACACGACGCAAUAGCCGCUCUGAUCUGGCGCAGUGCCAUUCUCAUCCGGAGCAGGCGCUCCGCCUCAGCACAGAGUAUACCUCCCAGCACCCAAGUCAAGCUAUUCAUGCCCUCGGACGCACGCCGGCACCUCCACAUCCCCGACUCAUAUAUCGGCAAUGCCGUCUAUCAACUCUCCGCUUCACUUGCCCUGGGAGACAUACUAUCCCCCACCGGACUGCAAGAAGCAGCCAGUGCCAUCCGCUCCACCAUCAACGCCGUGACGCCGGAAAAGGUACGCAGCCUGAUGGCUCGCACGAAUCAAGAAUGGGUCGACUGGGCGUUCUUAGGCAGUUACACUUCUACGGGCGUGCCGAUGGGCACGGACUGGACAAGCUCCAGCCUGUAUGAGCACGACUGGGGCAAGGCCUUUGGUUGCGUGACGCGGUUUCGAUAUCCCGGUGACGAAGGCUCCACUUGUAUCCUUCCGAAGUUGCGUGAUGGCUCUGCCGAGGUCAUGGUUGCUGUGAUGAAGAACGAGGUGGACGUUCUAAAAGGCGAAGAAUGCUUUGGACAAUACCUACGCUGA